CCCGACCGCUGUAAUGUGAAAAGCCGCAUAUGCACUAUUAGUACUGACACACUCAAGAGAAAAGCAAGUGAGCACCUAUAAUUUUACCUCACCGCUCUAGUCAUAUCCAGAGUGCGGAUUAACACGUUUAAGUGCUAUAACCAUGUCCAGGCCAGCAGGCGGCGCUGCUAAUGAUGUCACCCGCCUCCUCUCUACGGGAGCGGGGCCUGGGUCACCAACCCCUGUAUUCUCAGCUUCCAGCCAAGCUGAUUGGGCGGCCAAGAGGCUCGUCUGGGUGCCUUCAGAGAAACAUGGGUUUGAGUCUGCAAGUGUGCGUGAGGAGCGAGGUGAUGAGGUGGAGGUGGAGCUUACAGACAGUGGGCGGAAACUGACACUGUCAAGGGAGGAGCUUCAGCGGAUGAACCCGCCCCGUUUUAGUAAAGUUGAAGACAUGGCCGAUCUCACGUGCCUCAAUGAGGCUUCUGUCUUACACAACCUUCGUGAGAGAUACUAUUCAGGACUCAUAUAUACGUACUCUGGCCUGUUUUGUGUGGUGAUAAACCCCUAUAAGAACCUGCCCAUCUAUACAGAGUCCAUCAUUGAGAUGUAUCGUGGGAAGAAACGGCAUGAGAUGCCACCACAUAUUUAUGCCAUAUCGGAGGCAGCCUACAGGAGCAUGCUGCAAGACAGAGAAGAUCAGGCCAUCCUGUGCACAGGAGAGUCUGGUGCAGGAAAGACAGAGAACACAAAAAAAGUCAUUCAGUAUCUGGCACAUGUGGCGUCCUCACACAAGUCUGGCACUUUGGGUCGAUCUAAAGACGGCGCCCUACAGACUGAUGGCACGCGGUCUUUGGGUCGAGGCAGCAGUGCUGUAAACAGGACUGUUCAGUAUGGUGAACUAGAGAGACAGUUACUGCAAGCUAACCCUAUCCUUGAGGCCUUUGGCAAUGCAAAGACAGUCAAAAAUGACAACUCUUCAAGAUUUGGCAAAUUCAUCAGGAUCAAUUUUGAUGUUGCUGGAUAUAUUGUUGGUGCUAACAUUGAGACAUAUCUCCUGGAAAAGUCUCGGGCCAUUCGCCAGGCUAAAGAUGAACGAACCUUCCAUAUCUUUUAUCAACUUCUCUCUGGAGCGACUGAGACCACGAGAAAGGAGCUUUUGUUGGGUAGUGCAGAUGAGUACCGCUUCCUCUGUGGGGGCUCACUUCCUGUUCCUGGUCAGAGUGAUGCAGAAAACUUCACACAGACGAUGGACUCUAUGACCAUCAUGGGCUUCAGCAAUGAAGAGUCCAUCUCUAUGUUAAAGGUGAUCUCUGCAGUGCUGCAAUUUGGGAACAUCACGUUUAACAAAGAGAAAAACACAGAUCAGGCCUCAAUGCCAGACGACACAGCUGCUCAGAAACUCUGCCACCUGCUGGGCAUCAGCGUGCUGGAGUUCAGUCGAGCCAUUCUGACUCCUCGCAUCAAAGUGGGUCGGGAGUAUGUCCAGAAGGCCCAGACCAAGCAGCAGGCUGAUUUUGCAGUGGAGGCUUUGGCGAAGGCAACAUAUGAACGUCUCUUCCGCUGGCUGGUGCACCGGAUCAACAGAGCGCUGGACCGCAGGCAGCGACAGGGAGCUUCAUUUAUCGGCAUCCUGGACAUUGCCGGAUUCGAGAUCUUUCAGCUGAAUUCAUUCGAGCAGUUAUGUAUUAAUUACACUAAUGAGAAGCUGCAGCAGUUGUUCAAUCACACCAUGUUUGUCCUGGAGCAAGAGGAGUACCAGCGCGAGGGCAUCGAGUGGAACUUCAUCGAUUUCGGUCUGGAUCUCCAGCCCUGUAUCGACCUCAUUGAGAGACCGGCCCAUCCUCCCGGCGUGCUGGCACUAUUGGACGAAGAGUGUUGGUUUCCAAGGGCGACGGAUCGCUCGUUUGUAGACAAGCUCUCGGUUGAGCAGGGUACACACCCCAAGUUUAUGCGGCCACGGCAGGUUAAAGAAGAGGCAGAUUUCUCUAUUAUACACUACGCUGGCAAGGUGGACUAUAAGGCAAAUGAAUGGCUGGUGAAGAACAUGGAUCCUUUGAAUGAUAAUGUUGCAUCUCUUCUACAUCAGUCUUCUGAUCCCUUCAUCUCUGAGCUCUGGAGAGAGGAUAUUCAAACUCUUCCUCGUGUGUACUUCUUUGACUCUUAUGCCACGCUGCAAACCAAUGGCUCUGACAGCAUGGAGAGGAUUGUGGGUCUGGAUCAGGUGUCGUCUGGUGAAAGCAGUGGGCCAGUGAAUUUCGGGGCAGCUGGGCUCAAAACAAAGAAGGGCAUGUUUCGCACAGUGGGACAACUUUACAAAGAGUCCCUCACGAAACUAAUGGCCACCCUCCGUAACACCAACCCCAACUUUCUGCGCUGCAUCAUCCCCAACCACGAGAAGCGGGCAGGGAAGUUGAGUCCUCAUCUGGUCCUGGAUCAGCUAAGGUGUAAUGGAGUGCUGGAGGGGAUCAGGAUCUGCAGGCAGGGCUUCCCAAACCGAAUCCCAUUUCAGGAGUUCAGACAGAGGUAUGAGAUCUUGACCCCGAAUGCGAUUCCCCGAACUUUCAUGGAUGGAAAACAUGCAUCUGAGCUCAUGAUCAGUGCCUUGGAGCUGGACAGGAAUCUUUUCCGUGUGGGACAGAGUAAAGUGUUCUUCCGUGCCGGAGUUCUGGCUCAUCUAGAGGAAGAACGAGACUUGAAGAUCACAGACACCAUCAUCCGCUUCCAGAGCGCCGCCCGUGGAUACCUCGGCAGAAAGGCGUUCCAUAAGAAACAGCAGCAGCUCAGUGCUCUGCGUGUGAUGCAGAGAAACUGUGCAGCCUACCUUAAACUCAGAAACUGGCAGUGGUGGAGACUCUUUACCAAGGUCAAGCCCCUAUUGCAGGUGACCCGUCAGGAUGAGGAGAUUCAAGCUCGGGAGGCACAGCUUCAGAAAGCCAAAGAAAAUCUUAGCAAACUGGAGCUUGAUUUUACGGAACUAGACAGAAAAAACCAGCAGCUAAUGGAAGAGAAGUCUGUGCUCACCGAUCAGCUUCAGGCGGAGGCGGAGUUAUUCGCCGAAGCAGAAGAAAUGAGAGCACGGUUGGCCAAUCGUAAACAGGAGCUUGAAGAUGUUUUAGCGGAGCUCGAGAGCCGAUUGGAGGAGGAGGAAGAGAGGAAUGUCCAGCUGACCAAUGAGAAAAAGCGAACGCAGCAGCAUGUGCAGGAUCUGGAGGAGCAGUUAGAGGAGGAAGAAGGGACACGUCAACGCCUCCAGCUGGAGAAGGUCACUCUGGAAAGCAAAGUGAAGAGUCUGGAGAGCGAGACCUUGACACUGGGAGAGCAGCGAGACCGAUCAAACAAGGAAAAGAAACAGCUGGAAGAGAGACUGAAUGAGGUGACAGAUCAACUCACAGAGGAAGAGGAGAAGGUGAAGAGUCUCAACAAGCUGAAAAACAAACAGGAAGCUGUCAUUGCCGAUUUAGAAGAGCGUCUGAAGAGGGAGGAACAGAUUCGACUGGAACAGGAGAAAUGCAAGAGACGAAUGGAGGCAGAAGCAGUGGAGACCCAGGAGCAGAUGUCCGACCUCAGUCUGCUCUCCACAGAGCUGAGAAACAGUUUGAGUCAGAGAGAGAAAGAGAUCACCACACUACAGACACGGCUUGAGGAGGAGGGAGGACGCCGUUCGGAAGCACAGCGAGCUUUGCGGGAGGCCCUCUCUCAGGUCUCUGAGCUAAAGGAGGAGGUGGAGAACGAGCGAGGAAUGAGGGAGAGAGCUGAGAAACAGAGGAGAGAUCUUGGUGAGGAGUUAGAAGCUCUGAGGACCGAACUAGAAGAUACGCUGGACACUACAGCUGCUCAGCAAGAGCUAAGAUCUCGACGUGAGGCUGAAUUAGGAGAGCUCCAGAGGUGUUUAGAGGAGGAGACCCGACGUCAUGAAGCCCAGCUUUCAGAGCUCCGCAUCAAACACACGGCUUCCAUUGACUCCCUGCAGGAGCAGCUAGACAACGCCAAGAGAUCACGCCAGUCUCUGGAGAAAGCAAAGGCUGUCCUGGAGGAGGAGCGCAUAAACCUGAGCGCUGAGCUGAAGACCCUCCAGGGGGGGAAGAUGGAGAGUGAGAGGGGCAGAAAGAGAGCAGAGGGGCAGUUACAGGAAGUGACAGCACGCCUCUCACAGGCCGAGAGGGAGCGAGAGGAGAGAGAGGAGCGAAUCAGUAGACUACAGGCGGAGCUUGAAUCUCUGUCCAGUUCUCUCUCCUCAUCUGACACCAAAUCGCAUCGUCUAAUUAAGGAAGUCAGCAGUCUGGAGAGUCAACUACAUGAUGUGCAGGAGCUACUGCAGGAGGAGACGCGGCAGAAAAUGGCAUUGGGCUCGCGAGUGCGCGCUCUAGAGGAGGAAAAAGCAGGACUGAUGGAAAGAGUAGAAGAGGAGGAGGAGAAGACCAGAGAGCUCACGCGUCAGAUCCAGAACUAUACACUGCAGCUGGCUGAUCUAAAGAGGCAGUUGGAGGAGGUGAAUACAGCAGUGGAGGUCGGGGAGGAGACCAGGAGGAAGAUGCAGAGAGAGCUGGAGAACUCUACACAGAGAGAGAGAACCAAAGAGGAGGAGAAAGAACGUGUGGAGCGACAGAAAGAACGUCUGAGAGAAGAGAUAGAGGACAUGACCAUCGCUCUACAGAGAGAGAGGCAGAACUGCACUGCUCUGGAGAAGAGACAGAAGAAGUUUGAUCAGUGUCUGGCAGAGGAGAAGGCAGUAAGUGCUCGACUGCUGGAGGAACGAGACCGGGCUGAAGCAGAGAGUCGAGAGAAAGAAACACGCUUUCUGUCUCUCUCUAGGGCGCUGCAAGAAGCCACAGAGCAGAGAGAUGAGCUGGAGAGAACCAAUAAGCAGCUUCGAAUUGAGAUGGAACAGCUGGUUAACGCCCAGGAUGACGUGGGCAAAAAUGUCCAUGAGCUGGAGCGUUCUCGACGAGCUUUGGAGACAGAAGCCCAAACUCUAAAAGAACAGACCCAGGAGCUGGAGGAUGAGCUGACCGAGGCUGAGAACGCUCGUCUGAGACUGGAGGUCACCCUGCAGGCCCUUAGAGCUCAGUUUGAGAGGGAGAUCAGCACCAAGGAGGAGAAAGGAGAAGAAAAGAGGAGAGCGCUCAACAAACAGGUACGAGAACUUGAAGCAAUGCUUGAGGAAGAGAAGACUCAGAGAGCUCAGGCUUUGACGGUCAAGAAACAGCUGGAGACAGAGCUGCAAGAGGCGGAGUCUCAGGUGGAAGCAGCCAAUCGGGGUCGAGAGGAGGCAAUUAGGCAGAUGAAACGUCUUCAGACUCAGGUGAAGGAACUUAUUCGUGAUCUGGAUGAGACCAAGCUGGCUCGAGACGAGAUUGUCGCCCAGUCAAAGGAAAGUGAGAAACGUCUGCAGGUCCUGGAGGCUGAACUAUUACAGUUAACAGAGGAUCUGGCUGUAUCUGAGAGGCAACGCAGACAAGCCCAGCAGGAGAGAGAUGAAAUAGCCGAUGAAAUCAUCAACACUGCGAAUGGAAAAUCUGCGCUGUUAGAAGAGAAACGACGUCUGGAGGCCAGAAUCUCUCAGCUGGAGGAAGACCUAGAGGAGGAACAGAGUAAUGCAGAACUAGUGGCUGAGAGGCAGAGGAAGAGCGCCUUACAGGUUGAGACGCUCACCGUCCAGUUGUCUGGAGAGAGGACCCUGACUCAGAAGAGCGAGGCCGCACGCGAGACCUUCGAGAGGCAGAAUAAGGAGCUGAAGGCUCGUCUCAGUGAGCUGGAGGGGGCUGUGAAAGGAAAACAUCGCCUCAGUGUCGCCGCCCUGGAGGCAAAGAUUGAAUCAAUGGAAGAACAACUGGAGCAAGAGAGACAAGAGAGAACUGCCGCCAAUAAACUUGUGAGAAAAACAGAGAAGAAACUGAAGGAAGUUGUGCUGCAAGUGGAGGAUGAAAGAAGACAUGCAGAUCAAUACAGAGAGCAGUUGGAUAAGUCUAUGGGUCGUCUCCGUCAGUUGAAGAGGCAGUUAGAGGAGGUGGAGGAGGAGAACUCUCGUUCUAAUGCCCAGCGCAGGAAACUGCAGCGAGAGCUGGAAGAGAUGAGUGACAGCAUGCAGAGCAUGAACCGCGAGGUCAACGCUCUACGCUCCCAACUCAGCAUCAUCGAACAUCAGAAGUCAGAACAGCGAGCUCCGCUCCCUCUCUCUGUACGUGCUGGCCGCAGGGCUCUGGUGGAUGAUCUCUCUCAGGAGAACUCUGAUUCUGAAGAUCCAGGUGCUUCUCCCACCCCGUCCAGCGGCCCGCCGGGUACCCCCACACCCUCAGACAACUCCCUGGGCCCUCCGCCCCCCUACAGCCUUACAGAUGCUGAAUGAAACAGGGAGUGUGUGAAAGAUGGACAAAUUAACUGAUUUAACACGCAUAGCUUUGCAAUCGUCCACAGAACAUUCGUGCAGUCACACUGAAAACGAAACAACUUGAAACUAGUUUAUGAUAUUGAAUGAUGAAUUAGCAUGUAGGAUGGCAAAAAUCUUUUUCGGUACUCUUAUAGUACUAUUUAAACCAACAAUGCAGUUCCUAACUACUGCAGUUUUUAAGUGGGGGAGACAAAAAUACAUUUCCCAGAAUUCUUGGGGAAAUUGAAGUACUGUAUAUUGGCAUAGCCUCAUGUCCAUGCAGUAUAUAUAUUAGGCUUGUUCUAGCAAAAUUAAAGCUGCGUCCAAAAGCGUAUAGUAAGUAGCUGGCUUGUUGCCAAGCUGCCCUAUUGGGCAAAGACUUUUACAGAAGUUUUUUUUAGUUUUGGACGGACUUUAUAGCAGCGUAACAGCCCAUAGUUGAUAAUAACCAACACUGUAAAAAAAAUGGUUUCACCUACAAGUGUAAGUUAUCUGGUUCCCUUAACAUUUUGAGUUAAUUCAACUUAAAAAAUAUGAGCUGACGACACUACAUUUAUUUUUUAUUUAAGUUGAAUUAACUCAAAAUUUUAGGGCAACCAUGUAACAUUUUAAGGCAAACACAACAAAUCUAUUUUAACAAUGAAGCAUUUUUUUAGCUUUUGGACGCAGCCUGCAAUUGCCACCUCAAGCUUAUUUUCAAUCAAUCAAAAGCCAUGAGUUUAAGAGAGUUUUGCAUGUUGAUGGCAAUCAGAUGGAAAUGCCAAUGCACUAUAAAUAAAAGAAAAGUUGGUUCAACUUAAAAAAGUAAGUUACUUUAAAAUCUUGAGUUAAUUUAACUUAUAAAUAUAACAAUUUUUACAAAACUUAAUGUUGACCAAUAUUUUUAAAUUGAAUUAUCUCAAGAUUUUAAGGCAACCAUGUAACUUACUUUUUUAAGUUGAACAAACUAAUCAUUUUUACAGUGGGGGUGUUGCAUAGAGGAUCCAUAUGAACAGGUUCAUGUUUAGACUAAAAUCCAUUAAAAGUCCAUUAUACAAGCCAUUUCUCUCUCUCUCACUCCUAAAACAAUCUCACGCUUCAGCAAUUGAGCAAACUCUCUUUGGUACUUUAGGAUAUCUGUGUUUUAAAUUUUUAGAAAUGAUAGCACUAUUUAUUAAUAGUACUGUACAUUACUUUAAUCUGAUGUGAUUUGGCAGACUUGACGUUCGUGUACGUGCACCAAGCUAUGAUUGUACUAAACAAAGACAAGAACGGUGAGAAAGAGAAAUUUAGCUUUACUUUUCGAUGAAUACGCUACAACUUUAAACCAUCCACACUAGCUUUCAUACAUCUUAGCCAUAACUUGAUAACAGAGAUCAUAACAGAAUGGAAAAUACAAAAUAAAAUAUAAGUAGAAGGUAAAUAAACAAAUCUCGGCAGAUAACAAAACAGCCAAAGCUGACGGACUUCACUUUUCAUGUAGAUUAUCAGUAGCAGUUUUUAAGAUUGACCUGCUCUAAUCUCAAUAAAACAGUAGUAGUGUUUGGUUUGGUUAAGCCCUUGUAUUCAGGGUCUCUGUGCUGCAGACCGUACCUUCUUAGAUACUGUGCUUAGUUAACUAGUUAGCUCUGAAGGAAAGGCUUUUGUUGCUAGUUACAUAGAUAGUUAGGAUUUUUUAUUUGUGUAUGUCUUAACACAUCUGCUCCAGUUUUAAACUACUGACUUGUCAUUUUUAUCAGUGAGAAAAUUCCAGUAUGCUGUUUGUUUAUUUAUUUUGUUUUGUAUGAUUUUUGUGUCUGCACAAAUACAUGUCAUGGUUGUUGUAUAGUAAAUUUCGAUGAAACAGGACAAAGUUAAACAGACUACAAGGGUAAAGUUGAUUUAUACUUGGAUAGAAAAAAAGAGUUUACCCAAUAAGCUGCAGUGAGCGCCAAUGAACAACAAAAUUGGGACGAGAAGAAUCUGUAAAUGUAUUUGAGACAGUUUUGACAGACAGAUGAGAACAGAACAAAAUGAUUUAAAAGAGUUUCUUGGUGUCAUGGUGUGCACUUGAAUUACAUGAACAUAUGAUAUUGUAUUACCUGUUUGUUUUUUUACCCAAGGGUUGAAGGCUGCUAGUUAUUUUACUCUUUAAUGAUUUUAACUAUAUGUAUUUUUGUUUUUAUUAAAUGUACAUGAUACAUUUUUGGUUUGUUUGUGGUAAAUGUUUAUGGAUCAAAGCUUUUGUUGAGCACAAUCUGGGGCAUAUGGAUGACUAAAGGGACAUUAAUGUAGUUGUAUGCAUGUCAACAGUGCCUGUAAUUUAGGCAGGUGAAGGAAAGUCAUAUGAUUAAAAAAAUUGUUGUAUUGAAAAAUAUAACAAUGUAGUCCAAGUAAUAAGGAUUUUAGAAAUUUGAAUGAAAUCCAGUUCCACCCAGACAUCCUUCUUAUUGAUAAAGUAUGGAAAAGACGUUUGUUGAAUGGCUAACGUUUGUUUUGUAUUGUUUUUGCAUAUAUUUGCAAAAGCAAGCAAUUCCUUAAAACAUAUUUUAAAUUUUCACCAAUAUUUAAUUUGACAGAUUUGUUUGGCAUUGAUCAUUUAAUACACUGCUUCUGUAUUGCACUCAUGCACCUGUCGUUUUUAAUGUGAUUACAUUAUCUUAAAUAUCCAGUGUUAAACUGUGAAUGAUGAUUGUAUUCCCCCAUUCAAGUAUUAAAACAAGUUUUUAAACCUGUUAAGCUACUAAACCUCAAAUUUUAGGAGAUAUUAGUAAAAAUUGCCAUCAAGCAAGUGUAUGCUAUAUAUUAUCUGCAUAUGUGACCCUGGAUCACAAAAUCAGUCAUAAGUAGCACGGGUGUAUUUGUAUAGCCAAAAAUACAUUGUAUUAAGUUAAGAUUUUCAAUUUUUAUGCCAAAAAUCAUUAGUAUACUAAGUAAAGAUCAUGUUCCAUGAAGAUAUUUAAAAAAAAUUCUACCAUAAAUAUUUAAAAAUGACUUUAUCAUUAGUAGUGUUGCUUCAUUAGGACAACUGUAAAGGCUAUAUUUUCUCAAUAUUUUUUUUUUUUGCACACUUAGAUUUUCAAAAAGGCUAGUUGUACCUCAGCAAAUUAUUGCCAACAAACCAUACAUCAAUGGAAAACUUUUUCAGCUUUUAGAUGAUCUAUAAAAAUUUACCUUUAUGACAUUUUUGUGGUCCAGGGUCACGUUUUGGUUAUAAGGGUUUUAUAUCAGAUGACUAUUCCUUUGAAAUGUUUUAUUGGUCAUGUAGAUUAUACUUUGGGACUUGUUUAACGUGACCCUAUAAUUGUGAUUAUAAAAUUUGGCGUUUUUAAUUGUCAUUCCCUGAAAUGAAGAUGUACAAUUGUAAAAUGUUUAAAGAGAGGAACCAAUUCAGAAUCAAAGAAGCCAAAAGUCAUGAAUCUCAAACAGAAGACUUUUAUUCUUAUUUGUUAGAACAUUUUCCUAAAUGAAAGCAGCCAUCAUUUCUCUGUUUGCCUUUUUAAGCUACACAUCAUUGCUGCUAUAUUUAUGUUUGGUUUCUGACAAAUGCACAAAGACAUUUUGAUUGACAAAGUACUGCUUCUCACCAUCAAAAACUCAAUUUUAAUGAAUGAACCUUGUUAUACUCGACCUGAUCUUUAUUAACGCAGCUUUAAGACAAGUGGACAGCAGACAACAUGUAUAAAAAGGAUCGAAACUCCAAGAGAGAUACUUGUAUCUGAGAUGUGUUUCUGAAGAAGAUUGUGUGUUUUUGCAUAUGUGGAACUUAAAUUUCUAGCCAUGUUGUUUAUUUGUUUUUUGUUCGUUUUUUUGUUUUUGCUAUACUGAUAAAAUGAGA